AUGAUUCUGCUCGGAACUGUCCCGGCUGUCGACGUUCAUUCUUCAAACAAUACCUCCCACGCUAAAGCUUCCAAGUCUCGAAAAGAAAAGUUUAAGGAGAAUCCUUUGACACCCACUUCCAGAUCACUACGUGGUGGCCCUUCUGACAACUCAGAAGCGGCCAGCGGGGAGACGGUGCCUAGCUCCAUUGCUGAUGAUACACCUCCCCAGGCAGCCUCAUUUCAUACCCUCACAAACAAAUCUUUCAAAGAUGACGGCAGGCUUACUUUAGAGGACCCUGUUACUUGUGAAGGACCAGAGAGAGAGUCUCAUCUUCUCAAAGAUGAUAUCCAGGACCCCAAGGCUGUGCUAAUACAUGUUGUAGGGCCUUCAGCAAACUCAGGGAAGGAUAAUGGCCAUGAUUGCUCGGAGAAUAUUGAUGCUUCGAAGAGCAUUCUGUGUAAUUCUAGAAAUCCACCCUUAAGGAGGCAUACUUCUCCACCGCCCCCUGUUGAAACCCCUAAAGUUGGUCUGGCGGAUAUUCCUUUGGGCUCUUACUCUUUAUCAAACAACCUAGAUCAACGAGCUUCGACUGGGCGUGCCUCUUUACCCACAUUUACAAGAGCAAGCUCUACUGCGGACAUCCCAAAGCUUCGAAUGAGCCCCAGAAAAGAUUCUUUUAAUGACGAGAUUUCCAGAAUGAGAAAUUCCAUUAUCGUUAAAAGAAAUCUCAAAAAACAACAGCGCCUAGAUACAUUUGAAGAUGAAAAUGUCUUUGUCGGUAAUCGAAUCAGCGAAGGGCACGAAAAUUUUGUGACCGCCUACAAUAUGCUUACUGGUAUUCGUGUCGCUGUUUCUCGCUGUUCUGGAAUGAUGAAACGAAUAGAUGAUGGUGAUUUUAAAAGCACAAAGAAGUUAACAUUUAACAUGGAUGGGAAUGAACUUACUCCAUCUUCGAAAUAUGAUUUUAAAUUCAAAGAUUAUUGUCCUGAAGUCUUUCGUGACCUCAGAACUCUCUUUGGCAUUGAUCCCGCCGAUUACCUAAUUUCCAUAACGGGAAAAUACAUCCUCUCUGAACUAGUGAUGAAUAAUCUCUUUCCUCCUCAUAGAGAUAUCCACCACAAAUAUGACUUGAAAGGUUCAACGUGGGGUAGAUACACAAGCUUUCCUCCUGUCGAACAAGAAAAAUCUGACAUGUCCCAUAUCACACUUAAAGAUCUUAAUUGGCUUGAACGGAAGGAGAUAAUCAGCUUUGGCCCCAAGAAACGCAAGAUAUUUCUUGGGCAGCUCGAGGCUGAUGUUGAAUUUCUUAAACGGAUUAAUGCGAUGGAUUACUCAUUACUUUUGGGUGUUCACGAUGUUCAAAAAGGUAAUUCUAGCACAAUAACUAAUCUUUCAGUUUUUGAUCCAAUCUCCAAUAAUAAGAAUGAUUUGAUCAAGACUAAUCCCAGGGACAUCAACAGGGAGGCUGACUUACCUGCGGGAAAUUUUCCGGGCAGAUCGAAGUAUAUCUUUUACGGUCACGAUGGUGGUAUACGCGGCACAAAUGAAGAUAAUGAACCAUUACGAAUAAUCUAUUAUUUGGGCAUUAUUGAUUGCUUGACUGACUACUCGAUCAAGAAGCGGCUUGAGACCAUGUGGAGAUCAAUCGGCCACAAUCGAAGCACUAUUUCUGCGGUUCCAGCAAAAGAAUACGGCGAUCUAUUCGUCAAGAGAAAUGCCUUACUAAUGAUACAGGGCUCUGCUCGCCAUAUCAACUCUAGGUUGAGGCUCCUCAAUCCGAUUAAGACGGCAUUGCUCGAAGGAAGAGUUCAGACCUAUGAAGAACUCGUCUCUGCCGAACCAACGUCUUUAUUGGUCUCUUCUCUGGUGAAUUCAAGAUCAAUGAUACUGUUUAAAUGUCUAUCACCCAAAUCCAUUGCUCCUUUGGAAUUGACUGGGUCCAAUGAUUGGGCUGUUCUUCAAAAGGAUGCUCUUCAAAUUUAUGGAGGUCCUUCGCUCGUUGUUGCAAAACAUAAAGUACCAAAGCUUAUCUCCAGAGGUUUUGCCAAAAGGCUUGGGCAAGUGAAAAGAGGUCGUACGGGGUUGGCAUCGCUAGCAACACGAGGCUUCACUUUUAUCGGUGGCCGAGGGGUAGCCGCUUUGGCAGGAAGUGGACUGGUUUUUGUUAUAACCGUCAGAGAAAAUGAAGAUGUGUUAAUAAACAAAAACAAUCUCCUUGCCCUCUCUGUCAAUGGACCUCACGAUCUACAAAACUGCGUUGUGGAAGCUCAAGUCCCGGGAGAAACCGACAAUAAAAAUCCCGUUCCCCGAGAGCCACUCAGGGCUAUCCAUUCAUUAGAUGAUUUUCUCAAAAGUUUCAGCAUUGUUGUCACAAGGGUCUACGAGGCAUGGUAUUGGUUUUCCAGCACUGUCAAACUUUAUUUGUGGGGCCGUAAUAAUUUCAUUAGAAUUGUGGGCCCACGUACUGUCUUACUUCAAUCGGAAGCGCCGAGAGCUCAUUUUGUGUUUGGUAGUGGGAACAACAUUGCUUCUGAAAAAUUUCUUGAAACAACGAGAGAAAAGUCACCGCUGGACUUUCUCCAUGUUGUUAGCUGCGCACAAGACAAGCCAUCUAUCAAAAGCACAUCGUCGUUCGUUACUGCCCCUAAAGGGACAACUCAAACAUGA